GGGAUUUUGCUUUCUACCCGUGCGCUGGCCAGUGACAAGCGCGCCGUGCUCGCGAAACGUCUCCGUGUGCCCGCGAGGAUGCCUGUCGAUAAAACGUAGACGGAAAACUUUGAACGCGACGACGUCGUCGGGCCAGAGAAUCAAGAGAUGACGGUGUCACGUUACUGACGGCUCGGCCGGAACUGCCUCCGAGAACCUGAGUAUAUUCACGACGCUUUAAAAAAGGAAAACAGUGCCAACGGUGCGUCGAGAGGAUGUCAAGGGACACUCGGUUCGUCGACGUUCUCCUCACGUUCCUGAUUCUCGGCUGCUUCUUGAACGCGGCUCGCUGCCAGCAAGGAUCGGCCGAGCCUUGGGACAAGUCGCCGGCGAAUUCGGUGUACGAACAGCAGGAGAAGAAUGCUGCAGCCGUCGACAGUCCCUCGGAAACGCAUUCCCCAGACGAGAACAAUGUGAUGGAAAGUUUAAAAAGGGACAGUAAAGAUGACGAAGAGGAAGCGGAAGAAGAGGGAGUUUACGAAGACGAAUACGAGGUCGAAGAGGAGCACGAGGUAUCGGAUGACAAGUUCUCUAAGCAGCGUGAAAAAUCGUCGUCCGCUUCGACAGAGGAUGCGUCCAGGGAAGAGGACUACGUGGAGGAUCCCUCAACGAGCCAAUACGACGCCUACUAUUACUAUGACGAUUAUGAUAAUCAUAAUCGCUCGCGAUACGAGGCCGUAGCAAACGCCGACGCCCUCGACUAUCCCGACGGAGAGGAAGAAGAGAAAGAGACCAGAGAAAAGGAGGAAGAGGAAGAAGCUCGUUCGAGGGACGAACACAACGUUCCGGAUGAAAAGGACGAAGGGAACGCGGAGUCUCGCCUCGUGGCGAACUCGAACGAUUCGUCUUCGGAUCUGUUCGACGAGAAGGAUCUGGACACACCGAUUUCGACGACGAACAACGAGGAGGGUUCUUCCAUGGAGGGCAGCGAUAAAACGUUCGCUUUCCUCGGCCCGGAGACAAACUCCUCGAUCUUAAUAGGAGAAGCCGUGGUCUCCGUGGUGACGACGAAGAGCGUCGUGAAUGGAACGAUUUCCGUGCCCACGACGUCCUCCCCGACGAGCACGGAACAGGUCGCCGCGCCACCGUCCUCGAGCACCACGGAGCAACCCCUCGUAACGACGGAGGACACGUCCAGAUUGCUGGCUUCGGUUCAAACCAGCCGCAGCAUAUCCGGCGCCAGAUUCCUACCGUUCCCUGUAAUCGAUCGCGUCGAGCCGAUCGACAAGAAGACUUCACUGCCUCCCGAGUCCACGGAGAGCAUCAUCGACAAAUUGGACAGGGUGCAGUCCGAGUUGUCGAGCGGUUUCCUCACUGGAGGAUUCCAAACUUCCGGGAACACUCUUCAGCUGGACGUUCUUAACGAAAGAGACAGGAACAGCAGAAGGAAGUAUACGACCACCGCUAAAACACCAGUGAUCGGGAAGUUUGUACCGCGACGGUACAACGACAAAAGGACCGAUAGCGCAACGCCGAAACCUAAGUUCGAGACCACGCUGGAUAGUCUCGAAGGGCUCCUGCCUCGAGAUUUCUUAGCGAGGAGCUCGACACAGUCAGUUCCCAAAACUGGAUUCAGAUGGCCGACGAAGAGCACGACUUCCACGACGACCGAGGCGACUACGAUUCAAAUCACGUCGACCACCACGACGAAGAAACCGAAAACGAACGUGAUCGCUCAAGAUAUUAGCGCUCUCUUGCCACCCGGAUAUAAAUUAAAGAAAGAGGAUACCGUUACAGAGAGCUCUCUGUUAAGCGACAUUCUGGCCAAAUCCAAAGUCGACAUAUCGUCGUUGUUACCGCCGGAUUAUAAUAAAAACAAAGAAAAGAACUCCAGCCAGCAGACUACGAGUACUACCACGACGACGACAAAAAGUAUAGAGGAGAAAUCACCGGCUGAGAAAUCGAUUCAGGAUUUAUUCGCGAAAUCCAAGUUCGAUAUCUCUUCCUUACUGCCGCAAGAUUACGAACAGAAGAGCAAGAAUCUCACUUCGAACUCGACCGAGUCUGACGAUCCGACCACGAAACUGAUGGAUUCCACGGAGAGCGCGUCGUCCACGACGAGCAAACCUGGGUUGAAGAUCGUGUUCCCGAGCAGACCCGGAGGACGGAAACCUAUUCAGAAGAUCAGCACACCGCCCACUCCCCGUGGCGAAGGUCCCGGGGCUGUCACCCUGAAAAUACAAAAGGGAUGGCCGACGAGAGCUACCACGGAAUUCACCGGAUGGCCAACUCCGUCGACCACGCCGAUCUCUAUAGAGAAGCUGCUGGAAGCUGCCCGAACAGCAACUAUUUCGUCGGCCUCGUUGAUCCCGAUCACUGAAACGACGUCGAGCACUUCGACCACGUCGACGACGACGACAACGCCCAGGCCGACUACUCCUGGGAUCUGCGAGCGCGAAUGCGAGGUAGCUGGGACGAUAAAGAUAAUCGGGAACGCGAGUUGGGUACCGGAGCUGCUCGAUCGAAACACGCAAGAAUGGCAGAAGCUCGCACGUGAAAUUGAACAAGAGAUGAACUUCAUUUUCGCUAAAUCCGCGGUUCUGGCAAAGUGGUACAAGAAGAUAAGGAUCGAUUCGUUCAGCGAGGGUAGCAUUUUGGUAGAUUACUUCAUCGAGCUAGCCGAGCUGGAGCAGAAAGUGAACACGCAAGAGUUGAAAGUAAUCUUCCACGAUUCGUUGCGGACGUUCAACGCGAACAGAUGGAACGAGACGAGAACGAAGAGUACGAUAAGACUCGGGUCGUUCACGAUCGACCCGAAAUACACGGACUUCAUAGUGAUACCCAAAGCUGUGACACCGCAUUUCAUUGAGAAAGAAGACAGACUGAUCCCGCAAUGGGCAAUCGCCGUGAUCGUGAUCGGCGUCGGCGGAUUAGUCUUCAUCAUCAUAUUCGGUGUUUCAGUUUUAAUCAAUCGGCACAACAGAUCGAAAUUGAAACCGUCCAUAUCCACGAUUUACGAAGAAGAAAUAGCGAAAAACACUCACAGACCCAGCGAUUAUUCGAAGCCGGUGCACACGAUUUGGACCGAUCCGGACGUAUCGUGGAACGACAAGUCUUUCGAAUCGACUUCGAAUAAAAUAUUCGUCGAGAAACCGUUUCAGGACAACAAGAAGUACAAUAUGUACGACAGUUGGAGAUCGGAAUGGAACGGUUACUACUGUAACGAGUCCCACGCGAGUAGCAAAUACGGUGGCUACGACAGUACGACGAACUUGUCCUGCCGUCCCGAUCACGACACGAAUUUUUUUUGUCCCAAUUACGACACGAAUUUCUAAAGCCGACGAUAAUAAAAUAAAAUUCUUUCUUAAUUCUGCCCUUCGAUCUAUUCAGUGCCUUUGACGGUCGUUACUAUAUCUGAUCGUUACACCGUUCCAAUUUAAGACUAAUUGUAAGUUGAUCUUACGCGCAUCGAGCAUCUUAUACUUGAUUCCUGAAUCUGUAAUCGUAUUCUUAUUAUUCUAUCGAUUCCAGCAUGAAAUUCUAUUUAUUCUAGUCAGGGAAAUAAAUCGGUGUAAUACUUAGAAAAGAUAUUUUUGUAAUUAAGAGAAAAACGAGAAACGUUACGAUUAUGCUUUCUUCUCUCGCAGCCUAAUUGUCGGUUCACGUAAAAUAAAAAUGUUCACUGUUCAGCUACCCACAACAAUUCCCGACUUAUCGGCAUAAAUAUGCAUGUACGAUCAUGCAAUGCAUAAUAAGUAGGUCCGGGAAUCGUGUGGGUAGCCGUUCAUGUAACACGAACUUGUAA